UCGGUGUCGCCGGUAUGACAGUGGCGUAAAUGAUGUUGAAGUAAGGGUGUUGUUUCUGAGGUUACCAGCCAACGUUAGUAGAUCUUGGAAACCGCCAGGAGCGCAUCCAGAAUUUUCACAGAAUGAACUUACUCGUGAAAUUUUGACCAUAACAAGUGGACGCCUUGUCGCCACAACCGCGUAAAACGUCGAGUGACACUGCAUAUUCAAUGUCGAAUCGAGCCAGCAUCCCUGGAAAUCAUUUUAUAUUCUAAUGUCAUUGAUUAAAACAAUUAUUCAAAUAUCCUCAUCGAAAUAUUCUUGAUAAAAGAGUGAUGGUUUACCACUUCAUUCCCAUGGGAUAUUGAGGAUUCAUCUUUUUUCCGCAAUUCGAAAGUCAUAGUCAUCAACGUAAAGAACAUGCAGAUUUAAAGAAGGAACAUAGUCGCGAAUGAAUUUCAACUUGUUGAUCUUGAAUGACCAUUGAUCCCUUAUAUUACAGUUUGAUGUAAUUCCACUGACUGUGGAUUUGCUGUUACGAGAUGCCUUUGGCUGCGGAGCCGUUCACCUUCACCUGGUCGCUUCCAGCACUGACCUGCAGACAUGGUGUUUCUCCCGAAGAGGCCAACUUCCAAGACGAGUUCUUCCAGAAGGUCAAAGAAACCAAGACCACCCUCGACCGCAUCUACCUGUCAUCACUCACAAGAAACAGGGAAAAGGCAAUCAUUUACGACUACGAGAAAUGGGCGCGAAAAGACGGGAAGCCGGCCGAAAAGAAGUCCGAGGACAUGUCGCAGGCGUCUGCGUCGAAGCACCGACAGCGUCCAGCUCGUGGACCCGUACGUCCGCUCGGGGUUGACGACCGAAAGAUUGAAGCGGCGUUGCAAUGUGGACUCUGGGACGAUUCGAGACCCCGGCAGAAGAAGAAAAGUCUCAGGAUGCCGCACAUCAUGAGUCGCGUCCAAUGCUACGAUUUCGAUGAUGAAUACCAGGGUGACGUGGAAAGACCGCAUCAAGAGGGUUGCGCUUACUCUCUGGAUAGCUCGAAAGUGUUUAGAGUGAUUCAAGAGGAGACCAGAGACCAGGCAAAUAGGAGACUGAAGAAGGGUAAAUGCGGUGGUUGGAAACCAAAGAAACCGGUGCGGCAGGUCUCCCCGUCAAUGAUCGACUCCGUGGAUGAAUCCGACGAUGAUUACUCCUCGUCGGUCAGAGUAACCAUUGAGGAGGAGCACUCCAAAACACGCGGUGGUGUCGUGACGAAGGUGACGCACAGACAAAAGCUGGGCUUCUCGAGGAUCAAAAAGCGCGGGGUUGUACAGAGCGAUACUGUCGAGUAUCGCCUACCAAAACUGAACAGCAAACCGAUCAUCACAGAGAUUGUAGCAGAGGAACCUAACGGGGAACAUGAUCACACCGAAAAUGUGGUGAAACUUCCUCUUCUUGAGGGUGUCAAGAAGAAGCCAUCGGCGGAAAAGCCGAAGAAGAAAGUCAAACACUGCAAGAAGCUUUCAAGAAUGAGAAGAAAGAAAAAGUUGGAAAGGGAAAAGGAGAAUGACGAAUCAUCAAUUGGGUUGAUCACCGAUGACGAAGUUGAGACCGAGCUCAGCCUAGAGACACCGGUCUUGGAGAAAGUCUCGAACAAGCUGUCCGAUAUAUCUCGAGGAAAGGUCGACGACAUCGACUCGAAGACCAUCAAGAAUAAGCUGACGUGCAAGAAGGCAGUUGAUGAAGAUGCCUUGAGUGAAUAUCCAUUUAUGACAAUGGGGAUUGACGAUUUAUCAUCGGAUGAAGAAUGUCUCUGUGACGAAUGUCUCGCGGAAAUGUCAUCAUCAGCGAAACCAAAAUUGGACAAGAAGCCAAUCAAAUCCAUUCUGUCACCAAGACGACGAAGACGGACAACGUCAUCCGGAAGCACCAAGAGCGUGAGUUUUGCCGAGACUGAGAAUCUAGAGGACAUUCGGUUGAUAUCACCUCUUGCUGUUCGGAAUGAAAACAUGAAAAAAAUCGAGGAUGAGGAGCGACGGGAGAGGUUGAAACAAAAGGAUAUUAAAAGGCGGGAAAGGCGGCAGCGAGAGCGGGAGAGGUUCGCUGCACUGAAUAAGAAAUCGAUGAAAAAGGCAGAGGCUCAACAAAAAGUCAAAGACAUUCAGGAGAAAAUCAAAGGCAUGUCUAAAACAAUGCCAACAUGUCCUGAGUCCAAGCCUCCUUUAACCUCAAUGAGUCAAGAUACCAUCACAACAAGCCAUGAUAGUAUAGAUGGUAGUGAUAAUGAUGCUUCUCUUUCGGGGGAAAAGGAGAACCACAAUGACAGAGACAAUGAACUGCUUUCUCUGGGUGAUAAAAUGGAUGGCGACAGUGGGUUCGAAGACGGUACCCCGAGGUCUCCGACACCGAAUUCCGAAGUCCACGAAGUCGAAGCUCUUCUGCUCGAUCCUCAAGACGGUCGGUUAUACGAGGAUGUUGUCUUAGAAAAAGGCAACGGGAAGAUCACCGUAGCUCAACUCGGGUAUCGAAUCAAAAGUAUCUUUGAUCGUGAUCUACCAACCCCUGCUCCUCCCAAACCACCUCCGACAGCUACGACAAAACACGACGUCGUCGAUCACGAAGUUGAGAAGUCACCGGCGGAGGACGAGGAUGACGAGAAGGACAAGGCGUUUGUCACGAAAUGCGUCGAUUGGAACGAAACGACGGAAUCGGCGAGUACGUCCAGAUCCGCCACGCCAGUUGAGAAGGAAGACAUGUCGGAUUUCAUCAUGUCGAUGAAGAACUGCCGCUAUAUCAGGUGGAGUAAGAGCUACCAGGAUAUGUUAGAAAAGAUGGAGAAAUGAAACAAAGCGGUAUCAAUAGGCAGUGACUGUACUUGUUGGAAUCAGUAACGGGCAAGAGGAAACAUUCCCCUAAAUUGUUUAUUAUAAUUCAUCUUCAUGAUUUAUCUUCGAUGUCUCCUUAAAGGACAAGUCCACGACAACACAAAGUAUAUAUGAAUAAAAAGAGAAAAACG